UGUGCCUUUAAGAGAAGCUCGUCCAGGAACUCAAGACUGUGUGUACACGACAAGUUGAAUGUGAGCGCUUAUAGCGAUUAACUGUUGAUACAAGCCUCGUUCAAGCGGACCACUGAAAUACUAGCCACUGCAUACACCGUGGCAUGGGAAACGGAAUAAAUAAGGUUCUGUCAGACCUGUACUUGGGUAAUUUCAAAGAUGCCAGAGACAGGGAACAAUUAGCAAGAAACAACAUCACACACAUCCUCUCCAUCCAUGAUACCGCCGCUCCCAUUUUACAGGAGAUGACUUAUCUUUGUAUCCCAGCAGCAGAUGCGCCCACACAAAACCUCAUUCAGCAUUUUAAGCAGAGCAUUAUGUUCAUGCACGAGUCCCGACUGAAAGGGGAGGGCUGUCUAGUUCACUGUCUUGCUGGCGUGUCACGCAGUGUGACACUGGUGGUGGCGUACAUUAUGACUGUGACUACUCUGGGAUGGCAGGAGGCUCUGGCUGCGGUGAAGGUGGCGAGACCUUGUGCUUCACCCAAUGCGGGCUUCCAGACCCAGCUGCAGGUGUUUGAGAGCACUCAACUACAGCAGUUCAGAGAGUGGCUGAAGGAGGAGUACAAGGAAAACCCCUUUAAUGAUGAGGAGGAAAUCCGCAACCUGCUCGCACAGGUGACCGGCACCUUGACACCAGAAGAGAACGAUCUUCAGGACACCUGAGAGAUCGUCACAGGCCAUUCCUCAAAGACUUGCGUUGUCAAUGACUGUUAUCUCUGAUUAGAAACAUGGGUUGACAUCUUAAUGCGUCAUAGUGAUGGUGUUUGUUAUGGCAUAGCACUGUUUAUUAACUUAAGGACUCUUUUUGUACAUAUGCAAGAUUUUAAUGUUUACUACUGAAGUGAUGUUAAUGGCAAAUUUUGUUGUUCAGUAUUUACAGUUAUAUUAUAAAAAUUGAUUUAUACUA